AACCCUUCUGCGAAUGUAAACAAUGCAACCGAAGUAAUAAUUGUGGUUUUUCUACAAGAAAAGAGUAAAAAGGACUUCACAGCUUAUUUACAAAUAUACAAUAUUGAAGCUUUGGCCCCUUUGUCGGAUUCAGAUCGUGUAGUCCCCAACGGAAAGCUGGAGCAGAGCCCCAGGCGCUGCCGGCGGCUAUACAUACAUAUGUAUGAGAGUGUGCGCGAACGAUUUAGUAGCAGAUUUUUGCAAUAUUUUGCUUUUUACGAAAGGUGUUUGCAUUUAGAAACAGGAGCUAGGCCUCACGUAGUUUCAAAUUGGAUUUAGGUGAAUGGGCUAUAUGAUAUUGUUGCCAUUGGAGCGGUUGGCAGCAGAAAAAGCGAGUAUAAAUUAAAUCAAAGAUGCUUUUCAUUGAACAAAAAAGUUUUACGCAAAUUGACUAUGUUGCUGACAAUCCUUCCAAUGGAAACUUUUAUUUCAUGAAUGACUUGUGCUACACAGAGGACGACAUGACAGUCCAGGACUUAUAUCUUUACGACAUACCAACAGAGCUGAAAGAGGAAGACAUGCUUGAGCAUUUUAAUAGAUUGGGAAAAGUCGGACGUCUGCAACUCUCUGACAAUGAUAGAUGUAGUCCUGGGCAAACUAAUUCGGAUUCAUCAGGCAGCUUGAAAACACAUCAGCAGGAGAAGGAGGUGAAAACUGGACGCGUUUUAUUUGACAAUCCACUCGAUGCAGCCAAAGUGUUGCUUAAUGAGACCCAUAAUGUCAAUGGACAUCAAUUCCAUGUCACGGUCAGCCACAGUUGGCUUCAACCCGAAGCCAACGACAUUUUGGAGCCAUCAAGUAGUCAGCCCGAAGAGUCGCAUGUAAUGAAGGUUCCUGAUGAUUGCCUAAUCCGAAUUCUAAAACUUCUUCCGUUAUCCGAUCAAUUGCGCUUCCUACGAUACUGCAGUCGAUUUCGAGAUGUACUGCAUCUGGAUACAAGAACAUUACACAAGUCAGUCGUAAUCGACAAUCUUAAGUCUUUAUCCGAAUGGGAUAUACGUGACCUUUUUAUUAUAUCUGGACGAUCUAUUCAAAGCAUUGAGUAUAACUCUUUUCGGUCGAAAAUAGGUUUGGAACGCUUUUUAAAUUAUUUUGAAAAGAAUUGCGUGAAUGUAAAGUCUUUGACGAUUAGGCGGACUAAUCUAACUCCCAAAAAUAUGUUUAAAAUGUUUGCAAACACCGACAAUUUGGAGGAUUUGGAAAUUAUCGAUUGCAUACUGACUGAAGCCAGCUUGUUACCUUUGAAAUACAUAAAAAAAUUAAAAAAGCUUUGUAUUUGCUGUUGCGCGCAAUUUAAUGAAAAUGAAGAAAUUGCUCAAUGCAAGCUGAAUGAUGGAAGUUUGACGAUUUUAAAGUAUUUAAAACAUUUGAAAACUCUCAACCUGUCCGGAAAUGUAGACCUACGUGGCGAUCUAGAACUUCCUAGCACCAUUGAGACUCUGUGCCUUUCCGAAUGCAAAAAAGUGACACCUAAUAAUUUGAUCCAGAUGUGCAAGUCUUUAACAAAUCUAAAGGAGCUGGACAUCAGGAGUAUCCCCAAUAUACCAUCUAUUUUAUAUGAUUACCUUAACUCAAUAGAAACAUUUACUUUCGACAUUGAAAGGAAUACCGAAUAUAGAAAAAUUGCAAGAUUGCCUAAUAUAAAGAGGAUUCAAAUUGAAUAUAUACACGCCGGUAACGGUUUUGAAAACCUUCUGAAUGAGCUUGGUGUCCUUAAGUCCCAUCAGAUAGAACACUUUGAAAUUUCUGAAUUGAUGGAUGUACAUAAACCAACGCUCCUCCAAAUGGCCAAAUUAACUGGAUUGAGGAAGCUUUUUUUAUAUUCUGAUGGCAUGGACAAUAAUGUCCUGGAAGAGUUUACAAAGCUUAAGAAACUGGAGAGUCUCUGUUCAAUACCUUUCGACUUAAUAACCGACACUGCUCUUUUGCGUCUAAUAAAUGGCUGUCCGAAAUUGAGACAUUUUAGUCUGAUUAACUGCUCCGAGCUGACGGAAAGUCUCGUGCUCUCCAUUAUCGACAAUGUACGACGGCAAAUAAUCAACAAGCAGAACCAGCGUGAAUUGCCUAUCUAUAUUUUUUUGCAGGACAUCAAAAUUAGAAAAUCAAUUGAGUCUCAUCCAGACGUGGCUGCCGAAAAUAUAAUUAAGCUAGUCUUUGAUUCUUAUUGUGAUUGUUUUUUUGGCUGAUUCAUAAAUAUAGGGAAAUUAAGAUAAA